CGAUGGAGCCCGGGCGCCGCCGCCGCCGCCGCUGCCCCGAGCCCUGAACCGGGCCUCCUCGGCCGGAGAAACGUGCCGCCCGGCCCGAGGGCGCAUCAGCGGCACGCCACCGGGGGUGCAGGGCGCGGGUUUCGGGAAGGAGAAAGUGCGGCUCUCCAGGGUCACUUGCCCAGCGGCGGGGCGGACCAUGGCUUUGAAGGACACGGGCAGCGGCGGCGGCACCAUCCUGCCCAUUAGCGAGAUGGUCUCCUCGUCCAGCUCGCCCGGCGCGUCGGCAGCCGCCGCCCCGGGGCCCUGCGUGCCCUCGCCCUUCCCCGAGGUGGUAGAGCUGAACGUAGGGGGCCAGGUCUAUGUGACCAAGCACUCGACGCUGCUCAGCGUCCCGGACAGCACUCUGGCCAGUAUGUUCUCGCCCUCUAGCCCCCGGGGCGGCGCCCGACGCCGGGGCGAGCUGCCCAGGGACAGCCGGGCGCGCUUCUUCAUCGACCGGGACGGCUUCCUCUUCAGGUACGUGCUGGAUUAUCUGCGGGACAAGCAGCUCGCGCUGCCGGAGCACUUCCCCGAGAAGGAGCGCCUCCUGCGCGAGGCCGAGUACUUCCAGCUCACCGACCUGGUCAAGCUGCUGUCGCCCAAGGUCACCAAGCAGAACUCGCUCAACGACGAGGGCUGCCAGAGCGACCUGGAGGACAACGUCUCGCAGGGCAGCAGCGAGGCGCUGCUGCGCGGGGCGGCGGCCGCAGCGCCCUCGGGUCCCGGAGCGCACGGGGCUGGCGGCGCACCGGACAAGCGCUCCGGCUUCCUCACGCUCGGCUACCGAGGCUCCUACACCACGGUGCGUGACAACCAGGCGGACGCCAAGUUCCGGCGCGUGGCGCGCAUCAUGGUGUGCGGACGCAUCGCGCUGGCCAAGGAGGUCUUCGGUGACACGCUCAAUGAGAGCCGCGACCCCGACCGGCCGCCCGAGAAGUACACGUCCCGCUUCUACCUCAAGUUCACCUACUUGGAGCAGGCGUUCGAUCGCCUGUCUGAGGCCGGCUUCCACAUGGUGGCGUGUAACUCCUCGGGCACCGCCGCCUUCGUCAACCAGUACCGCGAAGACAAGAUCUGGAGCAGCUACACGGAGUACAUCUUCUUCCGACCAUCUCAGAAAAUAGUGUCACCUAAACAAGAGCAUGAAGAUAGGAAACAUGACAAAGUCACAGAUAAAGGAAGUGAGAGUGGGACUUCCUGUAAUGAGCUCUCCACUUCCAGUUGUGACAGCCACUCAGAGGCAAGCACUCCCCAGGACAACCCACCCAGUGCCCAGCAGGCGACAGCUCACCAACCUAACACCUUAACAUUGGAUCGUCCUUCCAAAAAAGCACCUGUGCAAUGGAUGGCCCCACCAGACAAACGCAGAAACAGUGAACUCUUUCAGACACUCAUCAGCAAAUCCCGGGAAACCAAUCUUUCCAAAAAGAAAGUCUGUGAGAAGCUAAGUGUGGAAGAAGAAAUGAAAAAGUGUAUUCAGGAUUUUAAAAAAAUCCACAUUCCAGAUUAUUUUCCAGAGCGCAAACGCCAGUGGCAGUCUGAACUGUUACAGAAGUAUGGGUUAUAGUAAUUAUCACAUUCCUGCAGUAUUUCAAUGACGUUCAGUGUUUACUACGGUGUCACCACCUGACUGUGUACUAACAACGGUCAGUGUGAUUCUUGCUGCUCUUCCUUUUUGUGAACAGUGGA